AUGGCCCGCCUUCUGCUGUUAAACUACCAAGUUCGUCUGCAGAGGAAAUGGUACGAGCUGUGUGAUGGGCUGGCCGGCGGUUUCGCCCUGUCCCUGGGGCAGCUGCUUGUCCAGAAGGGGGUACUGACGGUCCAGGAAAAAGACCAGAUAAACCCAGAAUGGACGAGGCUACAACAGAACGAGAAGCUGUUGAAGUUUAUUCUGUAUUCAGAUGAUGAGACGUAUGAGAGGUUUCUGCAGGUGCUUGAGGGCCACCUUCCUUGGAUGGCGGAUGAGUUGCAUGAAGAUGUACCAGGAGAAGAACUCCAAAGACACCAAGACGCUGUAAAGAGGACUUGCACGCUGCCGUCAAAAUUAAGCCAUUUCACCGACCGAGAGGAGGAAAGACGACAGAUAACAACCUGGCUAACGGACUCACGGAAUACACGCACAGUGAUAGUACAGGGUCAUGGCGGCUUGGGGAAGACGGCUAUCGCAAUCCAAGUCGGCUAUGAGCUCCUCCAAUCAUACGGCGUCCGAGUAGUGAGGGCAAGGUUGCAAAAUGUUAAGACCACGUUCGACAUCUUGUAUUCCGUUCUCUCCAGUUUUAAUGACGUCACCCUGGACCUUGCUGAAAUUGGGUCACGGAACUCCAUCCUGGAAGGAAUACUUCGGAAUCUGCUUCAACGCCGAGCCUUUUUAUACCAUGCACGGAAUUCUGAGAUCCUUUAUAAAGAAAAAACUAACGGACCAGGAGAUGGGGAGUAUUGA